CACACAGACUCUACACUCUACAGUCAGUGAACCACCUCACUACUAGCCCUGCAUCGCCGAUGAGUUGACAGAAUUGUCAUCUAAACACAUUGAUUCCUCAAAUUCCGCAAUCCGCAUACGAACCAAACCAAAAAAGACCAAAAACGAAGAUUAAAACACUGUUCAGUGUUCACUGUGCCCGAAUCUGUUUAUUUCCAAGUGGAAGCCUACUCGCUGGAUUAUCACUGGUCGGUUUUUCGUGUGAAAGCGGCUACCAUUGGCUGGAUUUCACGAUUUCUGAUUGGUCAAAAAUGCUAACAAAAUGGAAAAGGUUCGUGUUUUGGUCGAGUUUUUUUUACGAGCCCGCACUCGCCUAGCCCAGUCACGCAAUUAGUUGCUAUGGCAACGAAGCUAAAGUCACAGAAUCUUUGGAAAGGUAGUAUAAGUCUAGAAAUACGUGUUGUAAAUAUGGGGGAAGAUAAGGAAGAUUUAUUCAACUCCGGCGAGCUAAGAGACGCCAGAGAUUACUUAGAAAGAAAGGAUGAAGUGUCUAACACCUCGGUUUUUGACCAUUUUGCCAAAGUUUUAUCAAAUCUGUUGGAUAAACGGCCGGAGAAUGCCAUCGGUGUGUUCGAGGAUCUUAGCUUAGAAUGCAAAGCACCAAUUCCUGAUCCAGCUGACAGUAGUGACGUGCAGGAAGGUGCAAAAGAGACUGACAUCAAGACAAUAUCUGCAGCUAUCCUUACUCAAAAACUUUUUGAGAGAGAUGCUGAUCGAGAUGGUGAGAUGGACAACGAGGAGGAAAUGGAGACGGCGCUGCCAAACUUGAUGGAUCUGAACUUUUAUUUUGAGCAAGCUGCCGUAGGUUUGUCCCAGGAGGAAAUGUUUAAGAUAUGGCUUUCACUCAAGACACUAGUUGAUUCUAAACCACUACAAACUGUCAGAUUUUGGGGGAAGAUGUUUGGUUUGGAGAACAAUUAUUACAUUGCAGAAGUGGAUUAUCGUGAAGGAGGUUUGGAAGAAGAGGAAGAAGAAGAGCGGGAAAAAGAGGAAGAAGAAGCCGGCAAAGAGAAAGAGGACGACAAGGAUGAUGAUGAGGAGAAAGAGGAUGAAGAUGAUGUUCCCAAGCCAAACUGGGUUCCCCCACCAGUCAUACCAAAGGAAGAAUACAGAUCUGGCACAAAUAAAUAUAUUUAUUAUGUAUCCACCAAUUUCAAUGGUUCCUGGGUGAAGUUACCUCAUGUCACACCUGCUGAGAUUGUAGCUGCAAGACAGAUUAAAAAAUUCUUUACUGGUAGACUUGAUGCUCCGAUCGUGAGCUACCCUCCUUUUCCUGGUAACGAGGCGAACUUCCUUCGUGCCCAGAUCGCGCGAAUCACGGCUGGCACUCACAUCAGUCCUGCAGGUUAUUAUGCAUUUGAAGACGAGGAAGAGGAGGAAGAAGAAGAAGUUCGCGAAACGUACGUGAUCAAUCCGGAAUUCGAGGGAGUCAACCCUCGGGAAUUGAUGGAUACCACGGUGAACAGCUGGGUUCAUCACUGUAUGAAUAUCUUACCUCAGGGUCGUUGCAUCUGGUUCAAUCCUGUGACAAAGAAUGAAGACGAUUUUGACGACGAGGAAGCCGAAGAGGAGCAAGAGGAGAUUGAAGAACCUCAACCUGAAUCUGGGCCACCUCUCUUAGCUUCUGUAAACGAAGACGAUGAUGUGAACAAUCUACCAGCGUGGACUCCAUAUCUUUCUUCAAACUUCCUACCACAGUACGCUGUUGCUGUAAUGAGAUCAAACCGCUGGCCUGGCGCCUUCGCCUUUGCGCAUGACACAAAAUUCGAAAACAUCUAUGUUGGUUGGGGUCAGAAAUACAUCCCACAUGGUUACACCCCCCCGUCCUUACCACCAGUUAUGGAGGAAUUCCCGGUGGGGCCGGAGGUGACAGAGAUAGACGACCCCACGGUCGAAGAAGAGCAAGCGGCCAAAGCUGCAGAAGAGGAAGCUAUGGAGCCUGGGGAGGACGGUGAUGACGUAGACGAUGAAGACGACGAUGAUUGAUGCACAUCUCUUGAACGGAAGAAUUGGUGUAAUACUUGUAAAUAGGUGUAAAUAUAGUAUAUCCUAUAUUUGGUAUAUAUAUACAGCAUUAUAUGCACACACGCGAAAAUUUAGGAAUAAAUCUUUUAUCCGUGGACUUUCUGCCACAGCUACUUUAUAU